AUGGCUCAGGACUAUCUGUGGUACCAGGGCAUUCCUUUCCCUCCUACGGAUUUCUACCCUGAAGUCAUAAAAGCAGCCCAUGAGGAGCUGGUGCUGAAGGACGAAGACAUCAUCACGGUGACCUACCCCAAAUCAGGAACCCAUUGGGUGAUUGAGGUUCUCUCUCUGAUUCACAGCAAGGGGGAUCCCAACUGGAUCCGAUCUGUGCCCACAUACGUUCGUUCCCCAUGGAUCGAGACUGCAAGUGGAAACAGAUGCACAGUGGAAAGGAAGGAGGGUCCCCCCCUCAUCUCCUCCCACCUCCCCAUCCAACUCUUCCCCAAGUCUUUCUUCACUUCCAAGGCCAAGAUGAUCUAUGUCAUCAGAAAUCCUAAGGAUGUCCUUAUAUCUGGUUAUUAUUUCUGGGGUUCUACAAAUCUGGCUAAGAAACCAGAAUCAUUGGAACAAUAUUUUGAAUGGUUCUUGCAAGGAUAUGGUAUCACGGGGGACUGGAAGAACCACUUCACCCCAGCCCAGACCCAAGCCUUCGAGGCAACAUUCCGGGAGAAGAUGGCGGGGCUUCCUCCGGAGCUGUUCUCGUGGGACUAA